AUGGACUACUCGCUCCGAGUUCUAUUACUUGUAGUUACCUACACAGCUGUUCUAUGUUGUGGUUUCUUCUUCUUUCCGAAUGGUAACAAUGUAUUGGCUCAAUCUUCCAUCGUUCUUCAUAAACCCAUUGUUGGAGGUAAUUUGGAUGGAGUUUCCGAUUAUUCCCGAACUUUGAAUUUUAUAGAUGCCAUGAAAACAUGUCGCAAGUUUGGUUCUGCAAACGCACCAUGGGAUGGCAAUGCCUCGUUAGAUGCUGAUGGAUGGCCCAUAGGUCUCUCUGCUGGUGCUAUUGUUUUUACAGCUCUUGAUCCUGGUGGUGCUGUCAAUGGAACUUAUUAUUUUCAAGGCGAUGGUCCACUUGAACUCUCAUUAGUAGCUUCUCCUGGUUGUACACUUUCUAAUUUUAUCUAUUCUCCAACGACUGGAAAGACUACUGGAUAUGUACAUGUUGAUUCUACAGCUACUCAACUCAUGCUUGCGUUUUCUCAAACCAAUUCCUCGAAAGCUUUUCGAAAUUUGAGAUUAAUUCGACCUGGUUAUUCCAUUCAAGAUGCAGAUGAUAAGAUUUUUACAAAAUUCUUGGAAAAUGAUAUUGCACCAAUGAAGAUUUUGAGAUUUAUGGAUUGGGGACAUACGAAUGGAAAUCAAAUGUCGAAAUGGAGUGAUCGUGCCAAGCUGUCAGAUGCCACUUAUUCCAUAAAAGGAGCGCCUUAUGAACUCAUGAUUGAAUUAGCGAAUCGAUACAAUAAGGAAAUUUGGGUCAAUAUUCCUGUUCGAGCAGAUGAUGAUUACAUUACUCAAAUGGCCAAAUUAUUCAAGGCAAAACUCAAUCCCAAUGCAAUUGUUUACAUUGAAUAUUCGAAUGAAUUAUGGAACUCAGGAUUUGAACAAUUUAAUUACAAUGUCAAUGAGGCAGAAAAGAUGGUUUUACAGCAAAACAACACUGUUCUGAAUUAUGACAAUGUCAAUAACAAGUAUACGUGGUCUUUUCGAAGAACUGGAUAUCGGUCGAUGCAAAUUUCAGAUAUUUUCGCUCGAGAAUUUGGUGAAGAAAAAAGAAAUGUUCAAUUUCGAGUGGUUUUGGCAGGACAAGCUGCGAAUUCGUAUAUUGUAAAUCAGGGAUUGAGGGUUGUGGAAAGAAAUUUUGGUCCUCCUCAACGAUAUUUCUAUGCCAUUGCAGGAGCCCCAUAUUUCCAAAUUAAGAAUGCCAAUGAAACGUUGACAUCUGAAAGCGCUUUUCAAAUCUUAAAGACGGAGGCAGAAAAGAGUCCAUUGAUCUAUCAAUACAUGAACCAUUUAUGUCUCUGCAAAUAUUAUGGACUGAAAUGCAUGGCGUAUGAAGGAGGACCCGAUACUUUUGGUCCUUUUAAUAUUCCAGAAAAGAAAGAAGCGUCAAAAGAUCCAAGAAUGAGACAAGUUGUCAUUAAUUUUUUGAAUGAUUGGUUCUCCUAUGGAUUUGAUGCAUUUUUGUGGUUUACUAUUGGACAUGGAAGUUAUGACACGCAAUAUGGUACUUGGGGAUGGGUGGAUAGCAUGCUGUCAGGUGUCACAAGUCCAAAGAAAGAGGGAAUUCUAUAUGUCGCUUCUCAAACCAAUGGAAUACCACUCAAUUAUACCAUUUUCAGAACUGUAUCAAAAUCCGAAAUGUCCAUUCCUGCCAUCCAUCAUGCACUCGCUGGAGGUAAUUCACAAUUUUCAUAUUUGGCAUCUCCAGCUGUAAAUUCCACAUUCCAUUAUCCAUUAAUAUUUUCAACUCGAGGAUACUUUAACAUUUCAAUAGAGAUUCAAAAUUUAAAACCAAAGAGUGAAUUGGAUAUUUAUUUGAAUCAAAUACGAGCUGGAACCUUGAUAUUUAACAAUCAAAAUUCUAUAUUCAAUGUGACAACCCUUUCACCAAAUAUAGUCAUUGAGAAGGGAAUGACUGUCAUUACCUUAUUGUGUCGAACCGAUCGAGCUUACAAUAUUAAUACGGUCAAAGUUCAACUCGUGACCGAUUUGAGUGAUCCUUUACCUUCUCCAAAAAUUUCACCAACAACAACUAGAAAUACUACAGCAGUGUCCAUGGGCAUGUCGUGUGUGAAAGGUCACCAAGUAAAAACACUCGUUGGAAUGAUGACCUGCCAGUCGUUAACAAUACUGUUGGCAUGGUCGGUGUGGAUGAUCUUGAUCAUUGUAAUGGAAUAA